AUGACACAAGCUUCAAAUACUGCGCUCACGGCAACUAACACUAUUCAUAUUGUAACUAUGACACACGCUUCAAAUACUGCCCUCAUUGCAACUAACACUAUUCAUGUUGUAACUAUGACACCAGCUUUAAAUACUGCACUCACUGCAACUAACACUAUUCAUAUUGUAACUAUGACACCAGCUUUAAAUACUGCGCUCACUGCAACUAAUACUGUUCAUAUUGUAACUAUGACACAAGCUUCAAAUACUGCGCUCACUGCAACUAACACUAUUAAUUUUUUAACUAUGACACACGCUUCAAAUACUGCGCUCACUGUAACUAACACUAUUCAUAUUGUAACUAUGACACACGCUUCAAAUACUGCGCUCACUGCAACUAACACUAUUUAUAUUGUAACUAUGACACCAGCUUCAAAUACUGCGCUCACUGCAACUAACACAAUUCAUAUUGUAACUAUGACACAAGCUUCAAAUACUGCGCUCAUUGCAACUAACACUAUUCAUAUUGUAACUAUGACACAAGCUUCAAAUACUGCGCUCAUUGCAACUAACACUAUUUAUUUUGUAACUCUGACACACGCUUCAAAUACUGCGCUCACUGCAAUUAACACUAUUCAUAUUGUAACUAUGACACACGCUUCAAAUACUGCGCUCACUGCAACUAACACUAUUCAUAUUGUAACUAUGACACACGCUUCAAAUACUGCGCUCACUGUUACUAACACUAUUCAUAUUGUAACUAUGACACCAGCUUCAAAUACUGCGCUCACUGUAACUAACACUAUUCAUAUUGUAACUAAGACACACGCUUCAAAUACUGGCCUCACUGCAACUAACACUAUUCAUAUUGUAACUAUGACACAUUGUCACACUAUUGUAACUGCCAGUAGCAGUAUUCAUAUUGUAACUAUUACAUACAGUGACAUACUGCAACCAACCCUAUUCAUACUGUAA